GCAAGCUAUAGGCCGCAGUCUACGGAAUGCUGGGCCGCUGACUCGUCCUUUGCAUCCUAUCGCCUCGAGUUCCCGUGGCGUCAACUUCGAUGGCCGUCGGCAUGCUUCUAUGAAUCCGCUCGACUGGUUUCGAAGGCAGAUUAAUCCCACUGUGCGAGACAGAAAGUCCAAUGCAGACAUAGAGGUUGCGAAACGAAAGCAGGCAGAGGAGGGUACAUUGAGCGUCUUCGACUCGAGUGCAGCAGCAACGGAAGAUAAGAAGCCAGCUGCUGCGAAAGACACGUCGAUGGUUGUGAAGACGCGUAGUGAUCACCACAAAUACUCGACGGCGAACUUCAAAAUCUCUCACAGAAAGCUUAAUAAGAUUGGCCGGCAGAUCUCUGGCAAGCCAAUUGACUCUGCCAUCUUGCAGAUGACGUUCAGCGAGAAGCGUGCCAGCAAACGCAUUCGGAACAUGCUCGUGGUCGCUAAGUCUCACGCAGCUAUGAAGGGCAUGGACGAGAAAAAGCUCAUAGUUUCGGAGUCUUGGGUCACGAAAGGCCCCAGAUCACACAAACGGCUUGAGCCUCGAGGACGUGGGAAGCAUGGAAUUCGAGUGCAUCCUGAUUCUCGUAUGAGCGUGAUUCUGAAGGAGGGUAAGACACGGGAGCAGCUAUUGGCAGAGGAUCGUGCGAGAAAGUUGAAGAGGAUCGUGUCGGCUGGUCUUGUUAGAGAGGAUGUACCCCUGCGAAACCCCGCGUCAAUGUGGACUUGGUAGUCCACGCUUAUUUCUACAUCUCACUGUCCUCAUUUACAUGAGAACAUUGACUUGAAUUUUGGAC